CAUAAAUGUAAACUAUUUUUUUUCAAUGUAUUCGUUAGAUCGAUGGUAUUUUUUUUCAAUGAUCUAUGAACUAUUGUGUAAAUAAUUGUUAUGUUAGGACAAGGAAUUAAAUGUUUAUCGUUCUACUUAUACCUUGCCUUGUUGCUCUUGAAGCUGGCUUCCAUACAGAGCUGAAGGCCUUCUCCUUCUGUUCCUCUCGCUAUAUUUUAUUAUUGAGCAGUCAGUACCGGUGCUUUCCGCAUAUAUUUUCACAAAUUAAGACUGGUGAAAAAUGGCUAUCGAAAGUGUUGGUGGAUCCAUUGUAUCUAAAAUAGCAGAACUCUUGGUGGAACCAACAGUAAGGCAGUUCCGUUACAUGUUCUGUUUCAACAAUUUUGUUCAAGAAUUCGAUGAACAAAUGAUGAACCUGGCUUUGGCAUUUUAUCCUCUGCAAGAUGCUGUCGACGUUGCUAAAAGGAAUGCUGAAGAAAUUGAGAUUAAUGUCAACACAUGGCUGGAAAAAGCAAAAAACGAAAUUGAAGGUGUGAAUCAUUUGCAAAAUGAAAAGGGAAAAAUUGGCAAAUGCUUUACUUGGUGUCCAAAUCCGACGCGACAAUUGAAGUUAAGCAAGGCACUGGCAAAGAAGACGGAGACUUUGAGAAAACUUGAAGCAAACAGUAAGUUUCCAAAAGUGUCCUACAAACCACCUCUUCAAGGCAUAGAAUUUCUUCCAUCGGAGGAAUUGACGCCUUCAGAAUCGUCAAAAGCAGCUUUCGAACAGAUUAUGAAAGCUCUCAAAGAUGACAAUGUCAAUAUGAUCGGACUGUACGGCAUGGGAGGGGUGGGUAAAACCACUCUAGUGAAAGAAGUAGGAAGGAGAGCCAAAGAGUCGAAGCUGUUUGAUGAAGUUUUGAUGGCUACACUGUCCCAGAAUCCAAAUUUCAUAGACAUUCAGGAUCGAAUGGCAGAUAGUUUAGGUCUGCAUUUUGGCGAAAAGACUAAAGAAGGGAGAGCAGAUCGAUUAUGGCAGAGACUGAAGACAGAGAAGAAGAUGCUUAUAAUCCUGGAUGAUGUUUGGAAAGUUAUUAACUUGAAAGAGAUAGGGAUCCCAUUUGGUGAUGCUCACAGGGGUUGUAAAAUUCUUCUAACAACACGUCUUGAAAACAUAUGUUCUUCUAUGAAGUGCCAGCCAAAAGUGUUCUUAAGUCUCUUAUCAGAAAAUGAAGCAUGGGGUUUAUUCAAAAUCAAUGCAGGUUUACAUGAUGAGGACUCUACCUUGAACACAGUGGCGAAGGAGGUUGCGAGAGAAUGUAAAGGAUUGCCUAUAGCACUUGUGACAGUGGGAAGGGCUUUAAGAGAUAAAUCUGCUGUUGAGUGGGAAGUAGCGUCUAAAGAGCUCAAAAACUCUCAAUUUCGGCACAUGGAUGAACUUGAUGAACAAGAAAAUGCAUAUGCAUGUCUUAAGUUGAGCUAUGAUUAUUUGAAGCACGAGAAAGCCAAGUUAUGUUUCUUGCUAUGCUGUUUAUUUCCAGAAGAUUACGACAUUCCAAUCGAGGAGUUGACGAGAUAUGCAGUUGCCUAUGGGUUACAUCAAGAUGUGGAGUCCAUUGAAGAUGCAAGGAAACGAGUUUGUGUGGCAAUCAAAAACCUCAAAGCUUGUUGUAUGCUGUUAGGAACUGAAAGUGAAGAAUAUGUGAAAAUGCAUGACUUGGUUCGUGAUGUUGCUAUUCAGAUAGCAUCAUCAGAAAAAUACGGAUUCAUGGUAAAGGCUGGCUUUGAGUUGAAGGAGUGGCCAGUGAGCAAUAAAAGCUUUGAAGCUUGUACAGUAAUUUCGUUAAUGGGCAAUAAACUCACAGAACUUCCUGAAGGAUUGGUGUGUCCACAGCUCAAAGUUCUAUUGUUAGGACUGGAUGAUGGUUUGAAUGUUCCAGAGAGGUUUUUUGAAGGGAUGAAAGAAAUUGAAGUUUUGUCUCUAAAGGGAGGGUGUUUGUCAUUGCAAUCACUUCAAUUCUCAACGAACCUUCAAUCGUUGCUGUUGAUCGAGUGUGAAUGCAAGGUCCUCAUUUGGUUGAGAAAGCUGCAAAGACUUAAGAUUCUUGGUUUCAUUGGGUGCGGCUCCGUUGAAGAAUUACCUGAUGAAAUUGGGGAGCUCAAGGAGUUAAGGUUGUUGGAUUUGACAGGUUGUCGAUUCCUAAAAAGGAUUCCAGUGAAUUUGAUAGGAAGGUUGAAGAAGUUAGAAGAACUGUUGAUCGGGGAUGGGAGCUUUGAGGGAUGGGAUGUUGUUGGAUGUGACAGCACAGAAGGAAUGAAUGCAAGCCUAACAGAGCUAAAUUCGCUGUCUCAUUUAGCUGUAUUAUCAUUGAAGAUACCGAAGGUUGAAUGCAUUCCCAAAGAUUUUGUUUUUCCCAGGUUGCUCGAAUAUGAUAUAGUGUUAGGGGAUCGGUAUUAUUUAUUCUAUAAAAAACACACAGCCUCGACAAGAUUAUAUUUGGGUGAUAUAAACGCCGCAUCCUUAAAUGCAAAGACGUUUGAGCAGUUGUUUCCUACUGUGUCUCAUAUUGAUUUUUGGAGAGUGGAGAGUUUAAAAAAUAUAGUAUUGUCCUCUGAUCAGAUGACCACCCAUGGCCAUUGGUCGCAAAAGGACUUCUUUCAAAGAUUAGAACAUGUAGAAGUGAGCGCUUGUGGGGAUAUUCGCACUCUGUUUCAAGCAAAAUGGCGGCAAGCUUUGAAAAAUCUAAGGAGUGUGGAAAUUGAUCACUGCGAAUCAUUGGAAGAGGUAUUUGAAUUGGGUGAGGCUGAUGAAGGAAUGAACGAGGAGGAGGAGCUGCCGCUGCUGCCAUCUUUAACAACGUUACGGCUGUUGCAUUUACCUGAGCUCAAUUGUAUAUGGAAGGGGCUCACCAGACAUGUCAGCCUCCAAAAUCUUAUUUUUCUGGAGUUGCACUAUCUUGACAAACUGACAUUUAUCUUCACACCGUUCCUCGCUCAGUGUCUUAUUCAUCUGGAAACACUACGGAUAGGAGAUUGCGAUGAAUUGAAGCGUCUUAUCAGAGAAGAGGAUGGUGAAAGGGAAAUAAUUCCAGAGUCUCUUGGCUUCCCAAAAUUAAAAACUCUCUCUAUAAGUCGCUGUGAUGAACUGGAAUAUGUCUUCCCUGUCUCCGUGUCUCCAAGUCUUCAGAACCUGGAAGAGAUGGAGAUUGAUUUUGCUGACAAUUUAAAGCAAGUAUUUUACAGUGGAGAAGGAGAUGACAUCAUCGUCAAGUCUAAAAUUAAAGAUGGCAUCAUCGACUUCCCUCAGCUAAGAAAAUUGUAUCUUUCAAAGUGCAGCUUUUUUGGUCCAAAGGAUUUUGCUGCCCAAUUGCCUUCUUUGCAAUGUCUAAGCAUCUGUGGCCACGAAGAAGGGGGUAAUUUGUUGGCACAGCUUCGAGGAUUUAUGAAUUUGAAAGAAAUAUCUAUUGAAAACUUGGAAGGAGUACAAGAUUUAAUGCAAGUUGAACGUUUGGUAACUAAUAGAAGAGGUGGGCAUGAACUGUCGCUCGUGAGUUCGGAAACAUUACACUUGAACUUAUUGCCAGACUUGAGUUGUAUUUGGAAGGGUCUCGUGCCGAGCAAUUUGACUACUUUGGACGUGAAAAAGUGUGACAGACUGACACAUGUAUUCACAAACAGCAUCAUUGCUAGUCUAAUUCAACUGAAAUUUCUAGAUAUAUCAAAUUGCGAGGAAUUGGAGCAAAUUAUUGCUAAGGAUAAUGACGAUGAAAAUGAUCAAAUAUUGUCAGGAAGUGAUCUCAAAUCUUCAUGCUUCCCUAAUCUGUGUCGGCUUGAGAUCAGAGGAUGCAACAAGUUGAAGAUUCUCUUCCCAGUAGCCAUGGCUUCAGGUCUCAAAAAGCUCCAAAUACUUAGAGUAAGAGAAUCCCCUCAAUUAUUUGGAGUAUUUGGGCAGGGUGAUCAUGCUUCAGCUGUCAAUGUUGAGAAGGAGAUGGUGCUCCCUGAUCUGCAGGAGUUGUUGCUUGUACAAUUACCAAGUAUUUCCUGCUUCAGUCAUGGAUGUUAUGAUUUCUUGUUCCCUCAUUUGCAGAAGUUGGAGGUGGAUGGAUGCCCAAAGCUGACCACAACAUUUGCUACUACAUCAAAUGACUCAAUGAGUGCUCAAUCAGAGGGGUUUAUGAAUUUGAAAAAAAUAUCUAUUGGAAACAUGAAAGGAGUACAAGAUUUAAUGCAAGUUGGACGUUUGGUAACUAAUAGAAGAAGGGGGCAUGAACUUUCGCUCGUGAGUUUGGAAACAUUACACUUGAACUUAUUGCCUGACAUGAGGUGUAUAUGGAAGGGUCUCGUGCCGAGCAAUUUGACUACUUUGAAGGUGAAAAAGUGUGACAGACUGACACAUGUAUUCACAAACAGCAUGAUUGCUAGUCUACUUCAACUGAAAUUUCUAGAUAUAUCAAAUUGUGAGGAAUUGGAGCAAAUUAUUGCUAAGGAUAAUGACGAUGAAAAUGAUCAAAUAUUGUCAGGAAGUGAUCUCCAAUCUUCAUGCUUCCCUAAUCUGUGUCGGCUUGAGAUCAGAGGAUGCAACAAGUUGAAGAGUCUCUUCCCAGUAGCCAUGGCUUCAGGUCUCAAAAAGCUCCGAAUACUUAGAGUAAGAGAAUCCUCUCAAUUAUUGGGAGUAUUUGGGCAGGGUGAUCAUGCUUUGACUGUUAAUGUUGAGAAGGAGAUAGUGCUCCCUGAUCUGCAGGAGUUGUUGCUUGUACAAUUACCAAGUAUUUCCUGCUUUAGUCCUGGAUGUUAUAAUUUCUUUUUCCCUUGUUUGUCAAUUUUGAGGGUUUGUCAAUGUCCAAAGUUGACCACAGAAUCUGCUACUACAUCAAAUGACUCAAUGAGUGCUCAAUCAGAGGGGUUUAUGAAUUUGAAAAAAAUAUCUAUUAGAAACUUGAAAGGAGUACAAGAUUUAAUGCAAGUUGGACGUUUGGUAACUAAUAGAAGAAGUAGGCAUGAACUUUCACUCGUGAGUUUGGAAACAUUAAACUUGAACUUAUUGCCUGACAUGAGGUGUAUAUGGAAGGGUCUCGUGCCGAGCAAUUUGACUACUUUGGAGGUGAAAAAGUGUGACAGACUAACACAUGUAUUCACAAACAGCAUGAUUACUAGUCUAAUUCAACUGAAAUUUCUAGAUAUAUCAAACUGUGAGGAAUUGGAGCAAAUUAUUUCUAAGGAUAAUGAUGAUGAAAAGGAUCAGAUAUUGUCAGGAAGUGAUCUCCAAUCUUCAUGCUUCCCUAAUCUGUGGCGACUUGAGAUCAGAGGAUGCAACAAGUUGAAGAGUCUCUUCCCAGUAGCCAUGGCUUCAGGUCUCAAAAAGCUUCGAAUACUAAGAGUAAGAGAAUCCCCUCAAUUAUUGGGAGUAUUUGGGCAGGGUGAUCAUGCUUCAGCUGUCAAUGUUGGGAAGGAGAUGGUGCUCCCUGAUCUGCAGGAGUUGUUGCUUGUACAAUUACCAAGUAUUUCCUACUUCAGUCAUGGAUGUUAUGAUUUCAUAUUCCCUUGUUUGUUGAUGUUGGAGGUGCGUCAAUGUCCAAAGCUGACCACAAAAUUUGCUACUACAUCAAAUAGUUCAAUGAGUGCUCAAUCAGAGGUAUCUCAAGUAGCUGAGGGUUCAAGCACUGGUUGCUCCGUGCCAACUAGCACUUGUAGAAACUGGACCCGAAAUAAAGGGUGGGAAGAGGAUGGAGUUGUUCAUGAUGAUUGAGUUAGAUGAUUAGUUUGGCAUUGGAAUUUGAAAAACAUGCUAAUAAUUAUUUCUUGCAGGUAAAAUGGAUGCAAUUAUUUAUUUUCUAUCCUUUUUUAAAUGGCUAAAUUAAAUCAACAUAUUACCUCGAUAUGCAUCAGGUUCGUUGGUUACCUAUUACAUGAUCACCUCGAUAUUAGGUGAUUUCACGAGGAUUCAUGUCUUUGAGUUGUGGUUUGGUGGGAAGUAAUUUCAGCUGUUUCAUUAGCUAUGGGAUACAAUUUGGCUUCACAUUGUAAGAGUCUUAUUUACCAUAGAACUCCCAAAACAAGGUUUUUAACUUAUCUAUCUAUGUAUGAACCUCAAGAAAUAAGGGUUUCUGCUUGUUUGCCCAUUUGUGUUUCUUUUUCAAGUGUCUGAACCUAAAAAACAAGGGCAUAAUGUUUGCUCAUUUGUGUGCUUAUUGUUUAAUGUGUGGAUUCUCAUUCUCCUC